UUCUUUGUGAAUCAAAAAUUAGCAGGAAAAGUGUCGCACAGUAGGUAGCGGGAGGCGAGUAAUUGCUGACUGAAAGUGUUUCUUUUUUUCUUCGAAGACAUUUUAUUGUUUGAAGAGUCGAGACCGGAGGAGUAAUAAGGGAUUUUCAGCAAACAUGAUAACUUCAGCGGCUGGAAUAAUCUCUCUUUUGGAUGAAGAGGAGCCUCAGCUCAAGGAGUUUGCUCUGCACAAGCUGAAUUCCAUUGUCAAUGAUUUCUGGGCUGAGAUUUCAGAAUCUGUUGGUAAAAUUGAGGUUCUCUAUGAAGAUGAGACGUUCCGUAGCAGGGAGUUUGCAGCACUGGUAGCGUCCAAAGUUUUCUACCAUCUGGGUGCGUUUGAAGAGUCUCUGAAUUACGCUCUGGGAGCUGGAGACCUGUUCAAUGUCAAUGACGAUUCUGAGUAUGUGGAGACUAUCAUCGCAAAAUGUAUUGACUACUACACAAAGCAGCGUGUGGAGAAUGCAGAGCUGCCGGAUGAUGAGAGGAAAAGCAUUGACCCCCGACUGGAGGGCAUUGUUAACAAAAUGUUUCUGCGCUGCCUGGGUGACCAUAAGUACAAACAGGCAAUUGGCAUUGCCCUUGAGACUCGUCGGCUGGACAUCUUCGAGAAGACCAUCCUGGAGUCUAAUGAUGUCAGUGGCUUGCUGGCCUACAGCCUGAAGGUUUGCAUGUCGCUGAUGCAGAACAAACAGUUUCGCAAUGAGGUGCUCAGAGUGCUAGUCAAGCUCUACAUGAACUUGGAGAAACCUGACUUCAUCAAUGUUUGCCAGUGUCUGAUUUUCCUGGACGACCCCCAGGCAGUGAGUGAUAUCCUGGAGAAGCUGGUGAAGGAGGAUAACUUGCUGAUGGCCUAUCAGAUCUGCUUUGACUUGUAUGAGAGUGCCAGCCAACAGUUCCUCUCCUCCGUCAUUCAGAACCUGCGCACUGUGGGUACUCCCAUCCCUGCUGUCCCUGGAUCCACCAAUACUGGCACCGUGCCCACAGCUGAAAAAGACAGCGAUGCCAUGGAAACAGAUGAUAAAGCUGGUAGUUCUCCUGCUGGAAAGCUGGCAGAAUCUAAGGAAGAACCGAAAGACCAGAACUCAAAGAUGAUUAAAAUACUCAGUGGGGAAAUGGCAAUUGAACUGCACCUUCAGUUCCUCAUCAGGAACAACAACACAGACCUGAUGAUUCUAAAAAACACAAAGGAUGCGGUCCGAAAUUCUGUGUGCCACACGGCAACAGUUAUAGCCAACUCCUUCAUGCAUACGGGAACCACCAGCGACCAGUUCCUCAGAGAGAAUUUGGAGUGGUUAGCCAGAGCCACCAACUGGGCCAAGUUUACUGCCACAGCCAGCCUAGGAGUCAUCCACAGGGGUCAUGAAAAGGAGGCGCUGCAGUUAAUGGCCACUUACCUGCCUAAGGACACCUCCCCAGGUUCAGCCUACCAGGAGGGGGGGGGCCUGUAUGCACUGGGGCUAAUCCAUGCCAAUCACGGGGGUGACAUCAUCGACUACCUGCUCAGCCAGCUGAAGAAUGCCAGCAAUGAUAUUGUCCGUCAUGGGGGCAGCCUGGGACUGGGCUUGGCAGCUCUUGGCACUGCUCGCCAGGAUGUCUAUGAUCUGCUCAAGUCCAACCUGUACCAAGAUGAUGCUGUUACAGGAGAGGCGGCCGGCCUGGCUCUGGGGCUCGUGAUGCUGGGCUCGAAAUCGGCCCAGGCCAUCGAGGACAUGGUGGGGUACGCCCAGGAGACGCAGCACGAGAAGAUCCUGCGCGGCCUGGCGGUGGGCAUUGCGAUGGUGAUGUACGGCAGGAUGGAGGAGGCCGACACGCUCAUCGAGAGCCUGUGCAGGGAUAAGGACCCUAUCCUUCGACGUUCAGGAAUGUACACCGUGGGCAUGGCGUACUGUGGCUCUGGAAACAACAAAGCCAUUAGACGUCUGCUUCAUGUUGCUGUGAGCGAUGUGAACGAUGAUGUCAGAAGGGCGGCAGUGGAGUCCAUUGGUUUUAUUAUGUUCAGGACUCCAGAGCAGUGCCCCAGCGUGGUCUCCCUGCUGUCAGAGAGCUAUAACCCCCAUGUGCGCUGUGGAGCAGCUAUGGCCCUGGGCAUCUGCUGUGCUGGGACAGGAAACAAGGAAGCGAUUAACCUCCUGGAGCCCAUGACCAAUGACCCAGUCAACUACGUCAGGCAGGGAGCUCUCAUUGCUUCUGCUUUGAUCAUGAUCCAGCAGACAGAAAUCACAUGUCCCAAGGUCAACCAGUUCAGACAACUCUACGCAAAGGUCAUCAACGACAAACACGACGAUGUCAUGGCCAAGUUUGGGGCAAUCCUGGCACAGGGUAUUCUGGAUGCUGGCGGGCGCAACGUGACCAUCUCUCUGCAGUCUCGCACGGGGCACACUCACAUGCCCUCUGUGGUGGGCAUCCUGGUCUUCACCCAGUUCUGGUUCUGGUUCCCCCUCUCUCACUUCCUGUCCCUGGCCUUCACUCCGACUGCCAUCAUCGGCCUCAACAAAGACCUGAAGAUGCCCAAAGUACAGUACAGAUCCAACUGUAAACCAUCUACGUUCGCAUAUCCUCCUGCUCUGGAAGUGCCCAAAGAGAAGGAAAAGGAGAAGGUUUCCACUGCCGUGCUCUCCAUCACAGCCAAAGCCAAGAAGAAGGAAAAGGAGAAGGAGAAGAAAGAGAAAGAGGAGGAGAAGAUGGAAGUGGAGACGGAAGCUGACAAGGAGAAGGAGAAGAAAGACGAGGAGAAAGAGAAGGAAAAGAAGAAAGAACCAGAGCCCAGUUUCCAGCUACUGGAGAACCCUGCCCGGGUCAUGCCUGCUCAGCUUAAAGUGCUCACCAUGCCUGAGACCUGCCGCUACCAGCCCUUCAAGCCUCUGCACACUGGGGGGAUCAUCAUCAUGAAGGACACCAGUGAGGAAGAUGAGGAGCUGGUGGAGCCAGUUGCUGCCCAUGGCCCUAAGAUUGAGGAGGAAGAGCAGGAACCAGAGGCUCCAGAGCCCUUUGAGUACAUUGAUGAAUAACAGCUGCUUCUCAGGGCACAAACAGAGCUGUCUUCUGCGAAACCAACACAGGAGACUCCAGUCUCCAAGCAUGCACCUCCACCAGUCCAGUCGACUCUUUUACACUGUCCUUCCCCAGCCUCAACAGAAAGCUGUGUAGGGAAUGUUUUACACUUAUUGUUAAAGUCGGUUCAAUAAAAAAAAAAUCAUACUGGAUGUUGAAA